AUGACUUGGGACACUUUACGCCGCCCCGGACAGGCCAAACCACGCCGCAGCAAGGGAUGCCGAACGUGUUUGCGCAGAAAAGUCAAAUGUGAUGAACGCCGACCAACCUGCGAGAGAUGCGACAAGAGUUCUUACGCAUGUCUCGGCUAUGGCGACAACCGCUUGGCGUUUGUCCACAUGACUACAGGCCAAACGGACUACUCCAAACUGGAGCAAUGCCAUGAGGAAACUACUCCAAGCAGGAAAUUACUCUACACAGCUGGCGACCACACCAAAUCUCUAGCCAACCUUUACAUGAAAGCCAGCACGAACUACGUCAGCUCACCACUACACUUACGAGCCCAUCUGGAGGAGAUUAUCGUUUCACACCUUAUGUGGAAGCUCCCGGUCGAUCCACAUGAAGUCAGUCUGGACCAAAGCGACCUUCCAAACUUGUCCGCUAUUCUCGCAAGCUGCGAUCAUGGCUCCCCCGCAUACUUCUCCGGCCUGAGCUCCGCGGCAGCUUUGUUUAGCCGUACCUAUCGAAUCGACGGCAUGGCUGAAUGGUCCGUCCGGUUAUACAGCCGUGCCCUGCAGCUAUUGCACCGCGACAUGCAAUCCGUCAGCGAACAUAUGGAUCGAACGAAAGCGUAUAUCAAUCUGUGGAGUAUCGCACUUCUCAGUGUAUAUGAAAUGACCUUACCAACAAGUCUCUCCAAAUGGAAAAUACAUGGCUAUGGCCUAAGUGCAUUGGUGGAAGGGAUGGGACCUUAUGCAUUUGGUAAUUCUAAUGCACAUAAACUGUUUGUAGACAACCGGCGCACUAUAGCUAUUGUCCACAUAAUGGACGGGAAACGCUGUUUCCUUGAGCGACCAGAGUGGAAGACUAUCCCUUGGUCCACUAGAAACGAAGAAAGACCUAUAAAACAGUCUUUGGUCGAUAUACUCUGCGACAUACCCGGAAUUAUAGAAACAUUUAGGGCUAUGCGCAAACGUGGACCCUGCCAGGACGACGAUAUGGACAGUACACGAAAGCGUCUGAAAGACCAGAUUAUCAAAACUAUUGAUGAGCUGCAGCAAAUAAGGUACCAAGACUUCGAUCUCGUUGAACUCGACUGGUCAGCCCAUGUUUAG